UCUCCGUUGCAUGGAAGUCCCUCUCUCGUUUAUUAAUUAGUGACAAAAUGAAGAGUACAAGGCACCUAAUGUGAUGAGGGAAAGAGGUUGUCGAAUGAUUGCAAUUAAGCCCUAAGAAUGUAGGACCCUCCCACAAGCCUACUUAAUUGAAACUGGUUCUCAGGAGGUCUAGUCAAUCUCCCAACCCUCCAAAAGCUCCCCGUCUUUCCAAAGCAGCAAAGCUCCUUUUUCUAUUUUUGUGCUUUCUCCCCUUGUUAAAUUUUAACCAUACUCUGAGAAUCAAGCCUUAAGAAGCCAUGGAAGGAGACGCCAAGACCGGGACUCAUACCCGGGACGCUUCGUUUUCUUCUUACCUCAACAGAGCAGAAGGUAACUUUGUACUCAAGCUUGCAGGAUCAGUUCAGACUCCGAAUCCCCCUCCUGCCACGAAGACUGAGGAGGGUGAAAUCAGUGUCUUUGGAGCAGAGAAAUAUUUCAACAUGAUGCUGGAAGAUGACGGUCCACGAAUUGCGGACUAUAACACAAGCAAACUUGGGCAGAAGAAGGAAGAAAAUAGAGGUGGUCAGAAGCACAAGCAACCAAAGAGCAGGCCAGGAACUCCGAGUACUUGUUCUGAAGUGAGUUGGAACAGCCAAAGCGGCUUGUUACCUUCGAUGAGAACCACGUCUCAGAGCAAGAAGAAAAAGAGAAAUGGAAAGAUCAAUAUCUUUUCGGGUUUUAGCUGCAACGGAUCUUGUUCAGAUAAGAAAUCCAUUUAUAUUCAUGAGAUGAAUGCCAGGCAUGAAGGUGGCGGAAAUAAAGAUUUUAGGAAGCAAAAUGUUGGGAAUAUUGAUCACAAUCCCGCUAAGCAGCCUCAACCAAGAUUUAAGGCAAGGGAUGAGGUUUACUACUCUAGCUUUGAAAGAUCAGUCAAGGAAGAGCAUUUUGCAUUCGCAAAUUUGAAUUCCGGUGCGAAGAAAUUGGCGGCUAAAUCACAGUUGGAAGAGAAGAAAAUAAAAGACCUUCAUCCACGAAAAUCACUGGAGGUGUUUGGAUCCCAAAGUAUGAAGGGAGACAAUGUAGCAAUAAAUUUAGAGAGGAGAUUGUCCAUGCUAAAUUGGGAUGCCAUUCCGAAAGCUCCAAUGAUGAAUGAAGAUGCGGAGAGUGAUGCGAGUUCGGAUUUGUUCGAGAUCGAGAACCUAUCUGGGAAUGGGAUACCUAUGGCAUCCGCCACCAGGGAUGACUCAAGUGAGACCGGCAUGGAGAAAAUGGCGGUAAAAGGUCGAACACCGGCUCCAACAACGACUGGCAAGGCAGUAGGAGUUGCUCAAAGGUUGGAACCUUCAAUGUAAGUAGGGAAAGUUACCAUCUGAAACUGUUAAAAAUGCAACCUUAAAUUGUUCAAAGUUCGAGAUUAUCACUUUCUGAUUUUAUCUUGUUCAUGUAUUUCAUUUCUAGUAGUUGAUUACAUGAACUCAAUUUAGACCAUAAAAACGAUACGUUCGAA